AGAGAGGAGCAUGGCAAGAGGAAGAAAGAAAGAGAUAGGAUUAUUGCAUGAUUGGCUAAAGAGGGAUUUAAAACUCUGCCCAGUUGGCUGUUGAUUAGCCUUUCUCUCUUUGUGUGGGUGUGUUUUGGGGCUUAUGCUAUGUCACUGUGUGUGUGCAACUGAGCCAAGCUCUGCAGUUUGACCUAAAGCUGCACAUUCCUUUCAGCUCACGUCAAAGCUGCCUGGGAGAGUAAUAGCGAGAGAGAACAGUGCGAGGGGAAGAGCGAAAGAGCGAGUGAGAGAGAGUGAGAGAGGAGUAUGCCCUGUAGUGUGGUGAGGGACUUAAAGGGGAAAUAGGCAACAAAGGAUAAGAGGUUGUGGAGAAGCAGCUCUGAGCGUGGAGACAUCAGCAGGAACAUGUUGCUGUCUUUCCUGGCUUUGUGUUGUGGCGGAGCAGCUGUUCUGUAUGUCCUGUACUCCUGGUUGAUCCCUGCAGCUGUGCAGUACAAUGCAUGGUUGGCCCUGCUCUGGCACGACGCCAUUGUAGAGAGGGCACUCAAUAUCCUCACCCGAUCCACCCGACCCCAGCGUCUUCUGAGAGCAGUUCAGAAGAAGGCAAUCAAAGGAGACCCUCAGAGUGUCAUCUCUACUAUCGAUUACUUCUGCAGGCAUUCUGAAUGGGCCAUGAAUGUGGGAGAUGAGAAAGGGGCCAUCUUGGACUCUGUGGUGUGCGAGGUUAGUCCAUCCACUGCCCUAGAGCUGGGUACGUACUGUGGUUAUUCCACUGUUCGUAUUGCCCGCCUGCUGCCCCCUGGCACCAAGCUCAUUACCCUGGAGUUCAACCCAGACUAUGCCGCUGUGGCUCGUCAGAUCAUUGAGUAUUCUGGGCUCCAGGACAAGAUUUGUCUGGUGGAAGGAGCCUCAGGAGAUCUAAUCCCCAAAAUGCAGGAGCUAUUUGGGAUUAAAACGUUUGAUUUUGUCUUCUUGGACCACUGGAAAGACCGCUACCUGCCUGAUAUCAAACUUCUGGAGGAGUGUCAGCUGCUGAGGAAAGGAUCCAUACUGCUAGCAGACAAUGUCAUCUGUCCUGGAACCCCUGACUACUUGGAAUAUGUCAGAAACAGCCCCCGGUAUGAGAGCAAAUAUUUCAAAUCCCACCUGGAGUACACUAAAGUGGAGGAUGGCCUGGAGAAAUCUGUGUUCUUGGGAUAAAGACGUGACAGGCCAUGGUUCACAUUCAAUAACACCUACUGCACCUAUGUUUAUCCAGUAUCUUUGUUUACUUACCUACUGCCCAUGUACACACUAAAGAGUGGCACUGUGAAAACAAAACAUCUAUCUGAAAGGGUCUGUGCAAAUGGGAUCCUUGGGACGUCCCUGCUCCAUUGAAGUUGACAUUUAAAAUGGUUAUGGUUAGGGUAAGUGUUAAGGUUAAGGUUGGGUAAGGGUUAUGGUUAAGGUUAGAGUUAAAUUUUAUGGUAGGGACAUCCCAAGUAUUCCGGAUAGCACUGACCUAUCUGUAAGGAAGGUCUACCUGCUACUUUUAGAGGACCCAGCACCAUUUUGACACUACUGCGUAAAUACUGCAAUGUGGGUUUAAUUAAAUUGAGCUCUCUGUAUCCUUCCGUCUACCAUAGUGGAGCACAAAAGGAAGGGCGGGUGUAUUGUCCCUAUUCACAAAGUCUUUAUUUGACAGUUUAAAACUACUUAGUGUUGUGUAAUAGGAGUCAAACCAAGAUGAAUAAAAUCAGGAAGUCAUCUUAUUACCAUAUUUCUGAUGUGAUUACAGUAAAAUGCAGUGCUUUACAUUAUAUUCUUUAUGCUUCACAUUUUGUAAAAUUGUUGUAUAUUACAUGUUAGUCAUUUAGCUGACACUUAUACAGAGCAACUUACAGGAGCAAUUAGGGUUAAGUGCCUUGCUCAAGGGCACAUCGGUCGAUUUUUCACCAAGUUACUGGCCCAACGCUCUUAACCGCUAGACUACCUGCUGCCCUAUAAUUUAAUUUAUCAAUUGUAAACCUUGCUUGUCAGGCAUCAAUUGUUUAAUACUUGCAAGAUUUGCUGAACAUUCAUAUUUUUAAUGAUGGAUUUUACUCAGAUUAUUUUGAACCCAUCUUUGUAAUGAAGGGUUUGGAGUUGUGAUGAUAAUGAAGAUAUUGAGAACAAAGGACAAAUGCUUAAAUCCAAUUAAUGUCUUUAUUAACAUCGCAAAGGAUGGGUCGUGCUCAGAAGAAUACCUUGCCAAACCUACAUUUACAUCUCUCUAACUUAAACAACAUGUACAUCCUAGGAUCAUUACAUAAUUGAUCAUUACAGAAACAUCAGGUCGGUUACAGUGCCUUCAAAAAGUAUUCAUACCGCUUGACUUAUUCCACAUGUUGUUGUGUUACAGCCUGAAUUCAAAAUCAAUAAAAUUGAUUGUUUUUCUCACCCAUCUA